UAUCAACGUUGCAGAGUGGAUUGAUCGUCUUUUCUAUCAACCAGCUCAUCGGCACAAUCAUGCCUCCGCGUCCUGCGGUCGCUGCAGCAAGCAGCAUGUUCAAUCUGACAAGUCUUCUCAAGAGCUUACCCUCAUUCUCCCGCAAUCAAGCGUUGACCAAAUGCUCCGCUUGCCUCUUUUCCACCGCCGCGCCUCUACAAACGCAGACGGCGAAAAAGCGAAAGCUCAAACCACAUAUCGAUCCAUAUAGGAUGGCUCAGGCACGGCAGCGAAAGCAAGCCAACUUGGCGAGGCAGAAAGUGCUCAAGGCUGAACGAGCUGCUGCCCUGGGUGACCCCGUGCGGUCACGACCGAGUCCUUUCGUCCAAUCGCUGCAUUCUCGUACUGUCACCAAUGAAGUCAAUCAGGAACACCUGAAUUACUAUCUCAAAAGAAAGGAUGUGGAAGCCUCGCAGGAAUAUUCCAAAUGGCUCAGUGAGCCUCAACCAGCUCAAUUUGUGGAGCCCGGCAAUGAGGGUGCUCAUGAGGAAGCUCUGAAACAGCACGAAGAGUGGCAUGAAAAUGCCUCAAGGGCACUGUUUUCCAUUGCUUCGUUAGGAAAUGCCAGCAGCAAAGACAAGACACGCCUCCAUAUCCAGAGGUGCAUCGACGAGUUUGGAAGGCACAAAACAGACGGUGAACUGGGACCAAGGCUGCGAAGCACGCUCGCACCGGAGCCAGUGAUUCGGCCUAGAGUUGGAGCCGACACUGGAUCCUCGGAAGUUCAGAUCGCCAUCCUGACGGCAAAGAUCAAUGUCUUGGCCGACAAUCUCCACCACAAGGACAAACAAAACAAGCGAAAUCUCCGUCUCCUGGUGCACCGAAGACAGAAACACCUGAAGUAUCUGAGGAGGCAGGACAAGGGAGGACCAAGAUGGCAAAAUGUAGUGGAGAAGCUCGGCAUCACCGACGCCAUGUGGAAGGGCGAGAUCAGCAUGUAACAUUACUGUGAGACAUUCAAAUGAAGCCUGAUACUGUACAACGCAGAUUCUUUUCCAUCGCCGCGUCCAAAUUUGUGGUUGGAGGUGUGCAGUCCGACACUCAAG